CCUGCGGUCUACAAGGUUACCUACACUUGCUACGACUCAGCAGGGGCACAUGUUUCUUCCACCAGAACCGUGGAGGUUGCCUGCGAAGAGCCCAAUCCUGGCGGGACCUACGGUGGAAACCGUGUGGCGUGCUCGACCACAAAAGCGACGCAUGAGGGAGUUGCAGACUAUCAAUCUUGUGAGACGAGAUGCGUCACAGCCGGCUCGGAUGAGUGCGUGGCAUACCAGUAUUUUGCCAAUGGCACCUGCCAUUUCAUGACGCUUUGCACAGGACGCUAUUUCAUGAUGGUCAACGACACAGACCGCUACGUGGCAUACUGUCGGCGGGUUGACACUCCUCCAAGCGUCUUCUUGGCAGAUGGCACGAGUUGGUUUCUGUUGGGUGCUGUCGCCACAGCUGACUCGCUUCCAGAUGUAACUUGCACAGAUUCCGAAGAUGCUGGAAAUAUGAAAAGUCCUACGAAUGACUUCGACACUAAAGUCACUCCAUAUCUCAGCACUGCUGGCAACUAUUACGUGGUGUAUACUUGCACAGACAGCGCAGGGCAGUCUACAUCUGCGACACGGACGGUCACGAUCAAAGACAGUUGCUCAGUGCCCACUGUGUCGAAGGCCUCCACAGGGUAUUGUGCAGAGGGAACUACCUUGGCACAUGGGGCUACGUGCACGUCAACAUGCAAUGACGGCUACGCCCCGCGAAAUCCAUCCCACACGUGUACGACAACGUCCGACACAGACUAUGCAUCAGCAUUGGACCCUUCAGUAACCCUUUGUGAUGUUCUCCCGUGUGCAGAGCCCACAGUGGCUUUUUCUGCCACCAGGGCCGAUGGUACGGCGCAAUCCUGUAAAGAGAGCAACACAGCUGGAGAAGUUCCAGAUUCAAGUACUUGCACGCCGCAAUGCGCCACUGGCUAUGUGGCCAAAGUCGAUGGUGAUGAUGACGGGUUAUUGUAUUGCUUCGAGAAAGUCCUGACACCAACAACCUUUCGAUGCGACCUACCUGCUGCUCAGCCUUUGUCCAUCUUCGCUCCAUCCAGGCCAGCACCAGAAGGUGCUGUGGAUAUUACGUUGCAAUUUGCCACUGGCAACGCCAACGACUGCGUUUGGUCAGGAUUUGAGUUUCAGGGAAAGGAGAUUUUUGCCAACGGCACGGAGGAAAACUGGAGGGAAAUGGUCGGAUGCGAGAGCAGCAAAUUCACUUCGCGUGCCACAGUGGAGUGCAUGGCUACAGGCCUCACCGAAGGUGGUACCUACAAAUUUCAGGUCCGCGAGGUUUGCACUGACUCAGACAUGACUAGCCCAUGGACUGAAUCUGAAAGUUUCACACUUCGUUUUGUUACGCCUCCAGCAGUUCUGCUGAAGUUGCCGGAGGAGGAUCAAUACGCAACAGUGAGCCAGGUUCUGCUGGCUGUGCAGGUUGAUGCAUACAUUACCUCAGACACCAGCUACGCCUUUGUGGUUAACAGGACGAAUGUGCGAGAGGGUGGUGAAGAAUGGUGCCCAACCAUGCAGUGGCGUGUUGCUGCCAAUGAGACCUCUACCUCAAGUCCUUCUGGAACAUCUACAGUUGGCCUCAUCCAAUCACGUAUUCUCAUCGCAAACUUUCCUGGAAACGAUUUUGUGAAACCAGGAUGCAAUUACGAUAUUACUUGCGAGCAAGGCCUCUUCGUCACCGUAGACACUCCGGCAAAGACAAAUCCAGAGUUCAGGUGGAACUUCAGCUACAUCGACCCCUCACCCGUUCGCGCAAUACUCACUCUGAAUUCGGUUCAGGCUGUUGCAAACAAGGGGAUUCAAGUGACUUUUCAGGUGCAAUACGAUUUGGCGUCUCAAAUCAAUUGCACAGUAGCAGCUGUGAGUCCUGACAGCGGAGCUUUAGAAGUCACUGGACGGGUCUCCACUGGAGCUGUCAGAGAGCCAAUCUAUGCCAGCAUUGCCAACAGGACUGAAGGCGAGUAUCUCGUCUACGAUGCCACUCUAACAGACAUCACUGUCACUGCUUUGGUGCCGAGCAAGAGCUACACCUUUAAUUGCGCUGGCUGGAAGCAGAGCAAGUCUUGGGUGCCAGCGGUGUGUGCGAACUAUCCUUCAGACUGUGAGGCCUACAGCUUCGUCACCAGUACAGACACGAGCACCGAUCUCGACGCUCUGGCUAUUGCAAAAGUUGCGCACUGCCCAGAUGGCACGCAGGCGACAAUUUCUUCGGAGACGCAAACCUUUCAGCAAGUUGAAACUGGCAUCGUCGUGCUCCUUUCCACAUACGAGCGUGCUUGUAACAAUGUUGUGAUGGCAGUGGGGGAGGUGGCCACCAUCACGGUGAACUUCACUGUGAGCCCCUAUUCGGAUUAUGCCAAUUUGACUUUUCACAACAGUGAGUACGAGAAUUUCGAGCUAAGAUACACAAAACUAUCGGACGAUGCUGCGCUGAGCAUGGUGACAAAGUCAAUGGACCUCACGGUGUGUCCACACGCGCACUACUACUAUGACAGUUCUGCUACCGCCUGCAAAAAUUAUGUUGUGAAUGUAUCGUUCACGGACACGAAGCUGGCAGUAACGGCUAUCAAAGUGACGCACGCUGAUUUAACCACUUCUGAAGUGAAGGGCACUGGCUCUGAUAUCUCGGUGUCAAACGGCGACACAGUUACCUUUGAAAUGGAAAAGGACCCCGUGACAAGCCUGGUGGAUAUCAACAUUUCCCUUGGUGGAGAGAGCUAUUUCCCGCAGACGAAAGAAAGUGUCACUGAAGCGGACACGACUGGAACGAUGGUUGUCAAGAUUCAGGGUCAAGGGCUUUCCCUGCCAGUCAAGAUGAAGAUGAGUGGAUCCGAGUUUGACAUGGAAUACAAGAUCACCUUCAAGACACCAAUAGUCACGGUGACGAAACUGUUUCCAACACUCACGGGGACCACAAGAACGCUGGUCACUGCUUUGGACAAUGUCCCGACCUCAUCAGAGGUAGUCGACGGCUCCGUGUCUCCCGCAAGCUUUCUUCGGCUGAGCGUUAGAAAGGUUGGGGCUGCCACGCAGGCAACUCCGGGCUUCUGCCAGUCGCAGAGCUUUGGCAGUGGCUGGACCGCGCUGUCUUGCGAUCUCGAAAUAGCGCCCAUAUCUGCAGACAAUCUGGUGAUAGAGAUUGAAAUGUACAACUGGACCUCCACCCUGUGGCAACUUGCAUCCGACUUCUAUCAGACCGGAAUGAUCGACUACAGAGUCCCGACCGUUGAUUCGCUCUACACAUUGGAUGCCAAUGGCAACCAAGUCGGGACAGGAGCAGUAAACACUGAAACAGUCAUGCUCUCGGAUCCAUAUUUCUAUAUAUCUGGCACAUCCUUUGCCAGCCUUGGCACAAUGUCACUGACCUACGUGAAUGUGACCGAGUACAAACUUUGGCUUCAAGGAGUUAAUCCAGAGUUGUCCUUGUGCUCAAAAAUUGAGUACCAAUCAGAAAACGUGUUGAAAUGCCAAAUCACAAGUUGCUUAGAUGCUCGGGAGAUUCCGGCUGAUCCCAGUGUCGUUCUGCAGAUUGGUGAACUUCGUUCCGCCGAGAAAGCCGGAAUUUUAACCCUUCCACAGCCCGCGAUCAGCUCAAUCUCGCCCACUCUUAUUCUGGAUGCAGGUUACGCGGAGAUAGAGAUUUUCGGCAAUUCUUUUUCAGAGUAUCUUGCGCCCAACGGUGACUUUCAGGAAGCUUGUACUGCUUGGCAAGCGAAGCUGAACGAUCUCACUGCGACACAGCAGACGAGGCGACUUGACACGGGGUCAGCUGAUACGAGUGGCGCGCUACAGCCGUAUUUCAUGCCAUCUGGCGGUCGACAGCUGACUAGCGCAGACACCCUUCCUGCUAUGCAAAUGCUGGGCUCUGUCACUGUGACGGUUGGGGAUGCUACCUGCAGCGUGACCGCAGAAAAUCAGAAUAACACCUACGUCAAGUGUCAAAUGACAAAAGCCAGACGUGCCUCUCGAGCUGAGCCAGAAGCUGGUGAACUUCGUGGCAAGAUCAUUUCUCAGAUGACGAUACUUGCGACCAGUGCCCCAAAGGAACGUACUCAACGAGCUUUACAGACGAAUGGCCUUUGGGCUGUACGUUUUGCGCAUCCACGUCCUACCAAGAUGAGGCCUGCCGAACUUUGUCUCAGGGAAGUUCAUAAACAUAACAUAAGAUUUAAAGAUGAUUUUACAUUGGAGUCACUGUCCGAGAAGCACAUGCCAUGA